AUGGCGAGGGGCGGCGACGCGCAGCUCAGUGCCGCCAAGAGGGCGUACCGGAGUGCGGAGGCCGAAGGGAAUCGGCAAGAGGAGGCCCGGUGGGCGAAUGUGAUAGGCGACAUUCUGAAGAACAGAGGAGAGUAUGUAGAAGCUUUGAAGUGGCUUCGAAUCGAUUACGAGGUUUCGGUGAAGUAUCUGCCGGAGAAACAGCUUCUUCCGACUUGUCAGUGCCUUGGGGAAGUGUAUUUACGGCUUGAGUACUUCAAGGAUGCCCUAAUUUAUCAGAAAAAGCAUUUAGAGCUUGCCAAGGAUGCGAACGAUCUCAUUGAGCAACAAAGAGCCAGUACCCAACUUGGUCGAACUUACCAUGAAAUGUUCCUAAGAUCCAACGAUGACCAUUAUUCCGUUCGGAAUGCCAAAAAGUAUUUCAAAUCUGCCAUGAAACUUGCUCAAACACUGAAGCAGAAUCCACCAUCUAACAAUUCUUACUUCGUAAAGGAAUGCAUUGAUGCCCAUAAUAACAUUGGAAUGCUUGAAAUCGAUCUUGAUAAUUUGGAAGAAGCCCAGAAAAUUCUUAGCAAAGGAUUAAAGAUAUGUGAUGAAGAAGAGGUGAUUGAGGAUGAUGAUGGGCGUAGUAGGCUCCAUCACAACCUUGGAAACGUUUACAUGGAGCUCAGAAAGUGGGAUAAAGCUCGAGAGCACAUCGAGAAGGACAUAAUAAUUUGCAAGAGAAUUGGGCAUUGCCAAGGAGAGGCAAAGGGCUACAUCAAUCUUGGUGAAUUGCAUUACAGAGUUCAAAAGUAUGACGAGGCUAUUCUUUGCUAUCAAAAGGCAAUUGAUCUUGCUAAAUCCAUGGAAGAUGAGGACGCAUUGGUCAGUCAAAUUGAUCAGAAUAUUGGAACUGUAAAAGAAGCCAUUAAGGUAAUGGAUGAAUUGAAGAAAGAAGAGCAGAAUUUCAAGAAGCUGACAAGAAAUAUGGAAAUGGCUAGACGUACAGCAGCUGAAAGGAAGUGUCUUCUGCAGCAGAAUGCAUCUCUUGAUCGUCUAAUUGAAAAAUCAAGCCUAAUCUUCGCAUGGCUGAAACAUCGAGAAUUUGCCAAAAGGAAGAAAAGAAUAGCAAGUGAACUCUGUGACAAAGAAAAGCUGAGUGAUUCAUUUCUAGUCAUCGGAGAAUCAUACCAGAAGCUCAGAAACUUCAACAAAGCCCUUAAAUGGUACACAAAAAGUUGGGAGACAUACAAGUCAAUUGGCAACUUGGAGGGGCAAGCAUUAGGAAAGAUCAAUAUUGGAGAUGUUUUGGACUCUGAUGGUAAUUGGGCAGGUGCUUUGGAUGCAUUUGAGGAGGGUUACAGGAUUGCCCUUCAAGCAAACCUUCCUUCUGUCCAGCUUUCUGCACUGGAGAAUAUGCAUUACAGCCAUAUGAUAAGGUUUGACAAUGUUGAAGAAGCCAGGAGGUUGCAAUCGCUGAUAGACAAAUUGAAGCUGGCAAAAACAAGAGAGCCCGAUGUACAAGGUAUGGUGGCUGACUGCUGCUCUGAAACGGAAACAGAGGGAGACAAUCAAUUGUCAAAUGGUAGGUCUGAUGUGAGCUGUUCACCAGUAGUAAGUAAACCCCUUUCCAUCAGACCAAAAUCUUACGUCAGGGAAGAAGAGUCAAAGGAUGAUGUACCCUUGGUUUCACUUCUCCGUGGUAAAAACUCAGUGUUACCAAAAACUGCCGGCGUAGCAAAACCUAUUAUUUCUACCACGGGAACCGAAGCUUCGUCAAGAAGCAUGUCUAGAUCUACUGGUAGUCAGACAGCUGUCGGUAGAAAACGUGUCCGCUUAAUCCUUUCUGAUGACGAAGGUGAAACACACGUUGAGGUACCGUGCUCUAGAGUAAGAGUUCGUGCACGUCCAUCUGAAGAUGUUGCCACCUCCGGUGAAUUUCUGAGCAGAAAUGAUCCAAGUAGUCCUGCUCUUGAAUUCCAGGAUGUUUCACCAGUUGCCUCAAAAUGUGCUAUCAGUGGUUGUACGCCCAAUAAGGAUGAAAGCAUCUGCUCCUACAAAAAUAGGAGUUCUUCUAACCCUAGAUGUUCAUGAUACUGGUGCAAAUGGCUCCAAAUCUGAUGCUGACGUCUCUGGAAACCUGUUACAUAAAAAAAAUACUUCCAACUUCAGUUUGCAUGCUUGUCAUGUUGAACACUGUCAACAUAUAAUCUUCAGAAUUGAUGAAGACUUUGUACAUGUUGAAAUGCACUCAUGUAUGGUUGGUGAUAAGCUCAGCAUAGAGCAUAUGAAGGUUGAAGUGGCCUGCUUAUACUACUUACAACUCCCUGCUGAGAAAAGAUCGAGGGGUAGGCUCUAAUGUCAUGUUUUUGGGUUUCUCAAUUUCUUUGUUUCUUGACAGUGACUGAU